AUGAAAUCACAACGUGCACGUCAACAUUACUGGAUGCUUUAUUAUCGAUUGAUCAUGCAAUAUCCGACUUUUUUUUCAACUGCUGCUCUCUGCUGUUUUUUUCUAGGUUUUUCCUUAAUAUUAUAUUUAUCUUUUAAUUAUUUACAUUUGUUAGUAUCGACUGCAUUAGUUGACUUUACUAGAAUUAUAUAUCCAGUUGAUCCUAAUGCUCGAAGAAUAAGAGGAGAAAGUGUAGAAGAUAGAAAAUUAAAAUAUCGUGAGUUUAAUUAUAGGAAACCUAAUACAUUGACAUAUGAAAAACGAACAUAUUCUAAUAAUAUUGACAUAUUAUUUCGUUUACCAAAAACUCCUCGUCCAUCAGCUUUAUUAUUAAUUUUUCAUGGUUGCAGUCGUUCAGCACAUGAUUGGUUUCAUACGAUUGAACGACAACGUAUUAUUGGCGCUGCUCUUAAUAUUGGUUAUGGUUGUUUAGCAUUUCAAGCGACAGAUGAUUUUACGCGUUGUUGGUCAAAUAAUGUUGAUAUUAAUCAAAAUGUUGAUGCACAAAUGGUAUUUAAAGGACUUGAGGGAUUUUAUAAAGAAUUUCCAAAAUUAGAAACUUUACCACGUUUUACAUUUGGUGCAUCAAGUGGUGGAAUAUUUUCAAGUAUAUUUGUUACUAAUCAACGUUAUCCAAUUCAAGGACAAUUAUUAUUUAUAUCAAUUAUUCUUCCUGAAAUAUUAGAAAAGCAUGUUAAAGCAAACAGUUAUCCAGCAACUGCUUGGAUAUAUAUGUUGCGUGAUAUUGAAUUUGCUUCCGAAGAUCGUAUAAAUGCAUCAAUGCGAAUCUUUGCUCGAGAAAAGAUUCCUCAUGCUAGUUUCGAUAUCGAACCAAUUGCUUUAACACGAACAACAUUUCAUGAACACAUUCCAACAAUCGAAAAAGAUACAGCACGUUAUAUUUUCUAUCGUUUUCAACAAAAUGGUUGGUUAGGCACCUAUAAUUAUUUAAGAUAUAAUCCACGACGUAAAACUACAUGGCAAGAAUUUUUAUUUACACCAAAUAAUAGUACAAUGGAAACAAAGCAGAUUCUUCAAAAUAUACAAGAAAAUAAACAAUAUUUUCCAGAUGUUUUAAAUACAAUAUAUGGCGAACAUGAAAUAAGUCAUGAACGUGCAUAUGAAGCACUAAGAUGGCAUAAAAUGAUUUAUCAAAAUAAAAAUCAACCUCCAAAAUAA